GGUUUGCAGAAUGGUCCCGCCCAUAACCAUCAUCAACAUCCGGCGUUCACCAACAGUGGCGCCUUGACGCCUGAAAGUUUGCACCAUCCUGGGCACCAUCCGAACCCCAGUAAUACGAACAACAAUAACAACGGUACAGUGAAAAUAUGCUGCGGGUGCGGGAGCAAAAUUUUGGAACGGUUCCUUCUCGAGGCCCUGGACCGUUACUGGCAUAACGGAUGUUUAAAGUGUUCAUGUUGUGGAGCCAUGUUGGGCGAUAUUGGAACUUCGUGUUACACCAAGGGUGGGAUGAUUUUGUGCAAACAGGAUUACAUCAG